UUUAGUACGCAGCCAGCAAUCGUUGUGGCUGGACGUCUAUCGGCUCACCUUUUUUUACCGGCAUAGCCUGUAUUACGCGUCCAUUUUCACCGUCCUGCUUUUUGUACUGGAAUUAGCCUUUGUUUCGCAUAAUUCGGACUGGACUCUCGGUAACUACAUAGCGAUUUAAAUAGACAUAUUUUUCUAUGAAAUUUAUUAGUGUAAGUGUAUAGUGUAAUUGUGUUAGUGUUGUGGAAUGGAUUAUAUUAUCUAGGACAGCUGUAUAAUGUCGAAGACCUUAAACGCGUAUAGAAUCAAGAAGAUCGAGUCACUAGGAAGGAUGACGGCUAUGACGCAGGAGGAGAUGGUGGCCGGAGCCAGAACUGUGGCAGCCGGCCUCGAGGCCCUGCGGGCUGAGCAUACGCAACUGCUCGCCGGCCUGGCCGCCAACACUGACCAUGAACAUGAGAAGGCGGCCCUCGUGAGGAAGAGCAUUGAUGCUAUUGAGCUCGGAUUGGGGGAGGCACAGGUGAUGAUGGCCCUCGCCUCCCAUCUGCAAUCGGUUGAGGCGGAGAAACAGAAGCUCCGCACCCAGGUGCGACGCCUUUGCCAGGAAAACGCCUGGCUGCGUGAUGAGCUGGCUGCUGCCCAACAGCGGCUCCAGGCUUCGGAACAGCGUGUCGCACAGCUGGAAGAGGAGAACAAACAUCUGGAGUUUAUGGCUUCUAUACGUAAAUACGAUAGCGACAUAACGGAGGAAAACGAUAAUCACCGCAGCGGACAGACUGUAAGCAAGCGCGAUGAUCCAAUGGUGGACCUCUUCCCUGAUGAUGAUCACGAGGAUAACAGGAAUAAUAAGUCGAUGUCUCCAACACCGCCAUCACAAUUCGCGCAGCAGGUGAACGCGGGAUACGAGAUCCCGGCCCGUCUGCGGACAUUGCACAACUUAGUGAUCCAAUACGCGUCUCAAGGCAGAUACGAAGUCGCAGUGCCAUUGUGCAAACAGGCCCUGGAAGACCUGGAGAAGACCUCCGGACAUGAUCACCCAGAUGUCGCCACUAUGCUUAAUAUUUUGGCGUUGGUUUACAGGGAUCAAAGUAAAUACAAAGAAGCAGCAAAUCUUCUGAACGAUGCUCUCGUUAUCCGGGAGAAGACCCUCGGAGAAAACCAUCCAGCCGUUGCCGCUACGCUCAAUAAUCUGGCUGUUUUAUAUGGGAAACGAGGCAAGUACCGUGACGCCGAGCCAUUGUGCAAGCGUGCUUUAUGUAUCCGCGAGGCGGUAUUGGGUCGCGAUCACCCCGAUGUCGCCAAACAACUCAAUAACUUGGCACUGCUUUGUCAAAACCAGAACAAAUACGAAGAAGUGGAACAGUACUACCAGCGUGCAUUGGAAAUUUACGAAGGCAAUUUGGGAGUCGACGAUCCCAACGUGGCUAAGACCAAGAAUAACCUCGCUUCUUGCUAUCUCAAACAGGGCAAAUACAAGGAAGCCGAAACUCUAUACAAACAAGUGUUGACUCGUGCCCACGAAAGGGAAUUCGGAACUAUUGAUGAGUACAUAGCUUCAUUAAAAAAACCUUAUAAGGUCAUUAACAAAUCGUCCCCUUAGCUAUUGAUCAUGACCGUGCAUUCCCAUAGAAUAUAAAAAAUACUUAUAAACGUACAAGAGUUAUUUUUUAUUGUUUUUUAAUGAAAAUAUUCCAUAUAAAUAGCAAGUUAUCAGUGAAAUAGAUAUUUUUAUAAGUUAAAAGAGUCGAAUUAUAGAAUCGUUUUCGAAUAUAGAUAAUUAUUAGUUUAAUAAAUAGAAUUUUUGCGUAAAUAUUUUAUUCGAUACCUGUUUAAUUAUGCUUUUGGCAGGGGUCCGCAAUUAUUUAUUUACUUUAAUAUCGUUAAAUAAAAUAAUAGCGAUGCAACAGGCAUAUUAUCGCCAUCAAGCGAACUCUUUUUUAAGUUAUGAAAAUACAAAAUAAAAAGCGUAAUUACCAAAUCAACAAAAAAUAGAUUUAUUUUCGUCAGAGCUUUGGUUAACUGUUAACUGUAUUAAAAUGUUUAAGUGAUGUAAUUUAUUUUACAAAAUAUUUGGAUUUUUAAGUUAUAAAAAGUCUGUUAAACCCACAGUUCAAUUUAUUCGAUUUUUAUAUUUUAUGUGUAUUAUUUAUGAUAAUUCUCGCAAUUAAAUUUCAAACAAAUUUCAGCGUAAUUUCCUGGCCUCUGCCGUAAAGAUUAUUAAUAAUUUUAAUCAAAAUUAAUAUAAUUUUUCUAAAAUUAAUAAAAAUAUUUUAGUUAAUAGUGUAGAUUAAUCUUUAAAGUUAAUCAAAACAGGUAUAAAGCAAAACCAAUGGUUGGGGCAGAAAACUUUAAAAAGCCUUCGAAGAUCAUUUUAAUCCUUAAAAUUAUUAUAAAAUAUUUUUUACACAAUACAAUUAUACAGUUUUAGAUACAUUUCAUUAUUAAAAUAAUAUUAUGAAUUUUCGUAAUAUUCCCAGACAUUUAUGAUGGAAGUUUUAGACUAGUUGUUUAUAAAGUAGAAAGUUACUAAAAAUCACAUGAGUAGUUUAAAUGUCUUGGCUCGACUGCAGGACCUUGAAUCUAUGAUGUCACAAAAACUUGCUAGUUAAAGAUUUCUCUCCCAAUUAUUCAGUAGAUAAUAUAAGUCGCAUAUUUUUAUAUUUUGUACUAGAAUGAAACUGAGUUACCUGCAUGUUUUUAUUGAAAAUUUUACUUGAUUAGAAUAAUUAUUUCUUAUACUCAAUUUAAUGUGGACGAGAAACGUUUCAAUUGAAAACUUUUUUUAUGAGAGUGUCCAUGGGCGGCGGCAUUACAUUCAGGCGAGCCCGUUUGCCCCCUGGUCCUAAAAAAAUAUUGUUAACUGUUGCGGAUCGUCUGCAUUGAAUAUAUUUUUAGAUCUCUAUCUGCAUUUGGUAAAAACUCGAAUGUUUUCAGUAGAGGUAGACUUUCUUGCCUAAUUUUAAGUAGAAAUGUGAAUGAAGAUGAUUAAAAAAAUUAAAUACAUUGUCAAUGUUCAAAAGGCGAGUCCACACAUAGCGAGCAGCCUCGCGAGGCAUUCGCCGCUCGAAGCAGCUCGGUUAGUGUGGACACGCCUCGGCCGAGGGCAAGAAACCGAACGCCAAAGCCAUCGAGUGUCGGCUUUUGAUUUUCUCAAACUCUCGAUAAGUUUCCUCGCGAGGUUGCUCGCUCUGUGUGGACCCGCCUAAUAAUUGUCAAAAUACCAGCUUUUACUUCGUACUUACGUGUCGUUUUGUCGUCAUAAAAGUUUAUAUUCCAGAUUGUUAGACUCCAGAGCUACAUCUUCGUUCGCAAUUUCAUGUCGGCUUCCUAGCUUAUGAUUUAGUUAUUCCAAAUAAAAUAAAAAACCCAAAAAGUGUGUACAAAUAAAUUGUGUGGCAGCUUAGUGAUAUACUGUGUUGUGAUAUACGUAUAGAAUGAAUAUCUAGAAAGAUCUAUCUGACUUCGUACCGUGUAGAGUUAACACACAAGCUAAUUCAAAGUCCAAAUUCAGGUUGUAUUUUAAACAUUUAAAUGACGCUUUUGUCUUUCUUUCUUUCUUGUCUUUUCAACGAACGCCGCACUAUGUUACCGUUCUUAAUGAUACAGUUUUACUGCACGAUGUCGUAGAACAAGAUCACAUGGAUAUUAAUUCUAUACAAUAAUUUUUAUAUAUUUUUUUAGAGAAUUUGACUUCGAAGCGCAUGUUUCGUAGUGCCAAGUGGUAUAAUUGCGCGGCUAUCACGUGUGCUUUUUUUAAUUAAAAACAUUUUUGUGAUAGUCACAAUUUUGUUGAUUUGACAAGUAUUCGAUGAAAACCUACAUAUAAUGUUGGAUUAUUUUAUUAAAAUUUCAACUGUUUUCUUUUUAAUAUAUUGAGAAUUUCUAUAUAUAUAGACACUAGAUAAAAGUGCGUUAUAUGUUGAUUUGCGAAUACUUCUUAGAUCACUCAAUAUUUAUUGCCAAAGUGAAUGUGAUUAUAAUACAAAUAUUUUCAAUCCGAAGCUGAAAUUGCCAAAUAUGUGCCUUUUAUAAAAAUAUAGUAUGUGAUGAAUAUAUUGAUUGGAAAUUUA